GAAGAUUCGUGGACUUGAAUUUGAUAUUGGCGUUUGUAUUAUAAACAGUCACAUUUAUCUAUCUACCUAGGGAUCAUCUUCUGAGAAUAUUAAAGUGAUUUUAAUUAAUUGAUUAAUUGAUCUACUGUAAUUAAUUAAUUAAGGUUUUCAAAUAUGGCAGAUGAUGAUCCUUGGGUAAUUGAAGAUCCUGAAGAGGCAGCAAGAGCUGAAGCAGAUGCAGCUGAGGCUGCAGUAGAGGUAGCAGCAGUUGAAGGUGCUAAAGCCGCUGCCGCAGCUGAGCCUGCAAAAGAAGAAGAAUUACCACCCACUCGUCCACCAGCUCCAAGAGAUCCGAAUAAGCUAGUAUUAUGUAGACAUUGGGUCAGGCCAAAAUUCUUGAAUUACAGUUACCUUUACGACUACAGACACAAAUACUAUGAUGACGUGAUCGAUUAUUUGAAUAAACGACAAAGAGGGCUUAUUGCAGAAAUACCACGCGCACAAGAAUGGGCGGAACGUGCUUUCCGAGUCUAUACAAGUAAGGGACGUGCAGAUAACUUAAAUUACCAAUUCAGGACUAAUAUUGAUUCGAGAUCAAAUGCGAAGUUUUAUCGCUAUCACAGUAGCGCUUAUGUGCAUCGAACAUAUGCCAAAUAUUUGAACCAUUAAAAAAAAGACUUCUAUAAUUUAAUUUUUUUUUUUCAUAAUUUUAA